AAUAAUCUUAAAUCUUCACGAGAUACUGAAUAUGAAUACACGUUAUUAAUUUUUUUGAUGCAUUUGCAAUGAAUACGAGAAGAUUUUUUGAUAAUGUGCUAUUAAUUUGUUUAUUUAUGCCAAAAUUUGAAUUAAAAGAUAUAUUUGACGUAAAGUCUGACGACAUGAUACAGGAAGUGCUAAAAGGCGUGUAUCGAGGUAAACUAGGAAGAUUUUUAAAUAUUCCUGAAACUUCUUUGUUACACUUUAGUCCAACAACCAAAAUGACAGUUGAAAUCACCAAAAAUAUACCCGAAAAAGGAAAUACGCAGAAAGUUGAUAAUAUGACGGUAGAAAAAUUUCUUAUCAGAAAACGUCGAAUGCAGCUAAAGGAACUGCUAGAAGAUAAUAUAAACGCUAAACCAAAUUUUGGGGACAAAGAAGACGAAAUAACUAUACAAUCGAGAAGAUUCGGUUCAAUAAUCAACUCAACUAGUAAAGAACCCGACGCACUCAGAGAAAUAUACUUUGACGACGGGCAAAAAUGGAUAACAAUUCGUGAAAAGAAAAAAGCAAUCGCCUUGAUGGAGCAGUUCGUUUAUGAAACUCAUUACAUGCUACCGUUCAUGCAAGUCAUCAGAAAUAAGUAUAAAAACUAUCGGAAGUAUCAAAUGGGAUACUGUUUCUCUUUACUUCGAACUUUGAAAGCGCAACAGAUGAAACUUUACACCAAUUUAAAGACAUACCAGGAAUUAUACCUGACAUUUUACACUUUUGCAAAAGUAUACGAGAAAAUAGUUAGAUUGGAUAUAGACAUAAAAGAUGUGUUAAAAGUCAUGUACAAAUUAAAUGUCAGCGUAAAAAAGAGAAAGAGACGUAAAUCUACAGCUUCUUUCGGUAACUACGGACGUUAACUAAAUAAAAUAAUUAAUAAUAAAAGUAAUAAAUUUCGAAAGUAUUUUGUUCUUAAUUAAUCGAAAACAAAAAGCUCCAAAUCAUAUUUAAAUAUUUUGUAUGUAAUCAGCAUGUUUAUAAAAUGAGACUGAUU